UGUAUUUGCUGCUUUGGUCCUGAGGAAAUGACAGGGUCUCUGCUCCGUGAGUCUGGGAAAGUCGGGUCUAUGCGUCCAUGCAGCCCGCGGUUCCGAUGCUGAUGCUGACGUUGUGAGUGGCGGUGGCAGGGAAUCCCUCCCUCCCCACAAAGCAGAUCCCUCGUGAGGACGAAAUCUAGAGGUGGAGGCGAAGGCAGAAAUGGCCGGUUCUCAGGGACUGCUGACCUUCAGGGAUGUGGCCAUAGAAUUCUCCCAGGAUGAGUGGGAAUGCCUGACCCACACUCAGCGGCAACUGUACCGGGAUGUGAUGUUGGAGAGCUACAGACACCUCCUCUUCUUGGGUCUCCUUCUGUCAAAACCAGACCUGAUCAUGUUUUUGGAGCAAGAGAAGCAGAUCUGGGAUGUGAAGGGAAAGGAGACCAGAGGCUUCCAUUCAGCUGUAUCUUCACAUGACACCCAGAGUUUCCCGCUAAAGCAGAGCAUAGAAGAAGGUUUUUUCCAGAAUGAAUCAAUGCCCAGAUACAAACACAGUGCUGUUGAGAUUUUAUACUUAUGCAGAGACUGGGACAGAGAUGGGGAGAGUGAAGGGCAUCAAAAAAAUCCUGGACGAUACACCCAAAUGAUGGCAAUUGCACUUAAUGAGAAUCUCACUGCCCCAAAUGGUGAAGUAUAUAAACCACUGCAGAAAACCUCCCUUUUUAAGUCAACUGUUUCUGCAGAGCAGUGUGCUUCUGUCAGCAAAAGCUCCAGUCAGAUAUUGAAACAUAGCUAUUCGUCGACAGACCAUUUGGCAGAUCUGGAAGGUAACCUAAUCCAUGUUGAAGAUAAUGAUUUGAGCCAUUUGGAAAAUAGGACUGGCCUGACCUUAAAUCAGAGAUUUAGAAAUGAAGAACAAUGUGCUCAGUGGGAUCCAUAUGAGAGGCGCUUCACUGAGGAGUCAACCCUCCAGAAUAACCAGAGGCUUUUCACUGGAGACAGAAUUAUUCAAUGCACUGCAUCUCAGAGAACAUUGAACCAGGGCUCCAGUGUUCACCGAUGUGUCAAGGCUUGGUUUGCAGAGAACCAUUAUGAAUGUGAUAAAUGUGGGCAAGGCUUUCAUCCAAGCUCUAACCUCAGUAUACAUAAUGGUCACCGCUUGGGAGACAGUUCUCAUAAAUAUAGUGAAUGUGGGAAAGCUCGUAACCAGUCCUCCAGUGUUGGUGAUCAUCAGAGAAUUCACAAGGGAAAGAAUGCAUUCAGUUCUAAUAAACCAGGGACCAUGUUUUGUCAGUCAUCAAGCAUAAACAUCAAUGAGAUAAUCCCUCAGGGAGAGGAAACUUACUUCUCUAAGGAAUGUGGUAAAUGCUUUGACUGCCACUCAACACUAUCUCAACAUCAGCAAAUGCAUACUGGAGAAAAACACAUUUGUGAAGAAGGUGGUCAAACCUUUAAUGACUGUUUAUCAAAAAAUGAACAUUCGCAGAUCUAUUCUGGAGAAAUACCCUACAAAUGUCAAGAAUGUGGCAAGGCUUUUAACAAUCACUCAGGUCUUAAUAGACAUCACAGAAUUCAUAAUAGUGAGAAACCUUACCAAUGUCAUGAAUGUGGCAAGAGCUUUAACAAGCACCCAGCCCUUAUUCAACAUCGCAGAAUUCAUAGUGGGGAGAAACCUUACCAAUGUCAAGAAUGUGGAAAAGCCUUUUGUGACAGGUCAACCCUUACUCAACAUCACAGAACUCAUACUGGAGAGAAACCUUACCGAUGUCAAGAAUGUGGCAAGGCCUUUACCUGGAAGUCAAAUCGUUCUCGGCACCACAAAACUCAUAGUGGAGAGAAACCUUACCAAUGUCAAGAAUGUGGCAAAGCCUUUUGUGACAGGUCAGCCCUUACUGAACAUCACAGAACUCAUACUGGAGAAAAACCUUACCAAUGUCAGGAAUGUGGCAAGGCCUUUAACCACAGCUCAGUCCUUACUAAACAUUACAGAACUCAUACUGGAGAGAAACCUUACCAAUGUCAAGAAUGUGGCAAGGCCUUUUGUGCCAGGUCAUCCCUUACUCAACAUCACAGAAUUCAUACUGGAGAGAAACCUUACCAGUGUCAGGAAUGUGGCAAGGCCUUUAACCACAGCUCAGUCAUUGCUAAACAUUACAGAAUUCAUACUGGAGAGAAACCUUACCAAUGUCAAGAAUGUAGAAAGGCCUUUAUACACAGCUCAAACCUUACUCGACAUCUCAGAAUUCAUACUGGAAAGAAACGUUAUCAAUGUCAGGAAUGUGGCAAGACCUUUAACUGCACUUCACAGCUUAUUCAACAUCACAAAAUUCAUACUGGAGAGAAGCCUUACCAAUGUCAAGAAUGUGGCAAGGCCUUUAUUUACAGCUCAAGGCUUAUGCAACAUAACAGAAUUCAUACUGGAAAGAAAACAUACCAAUAUCAAGACUGUGGCAAGGCCUUUUACCAGAGCUCACAUCUUAACAAACAUCACAGGAUUCAUACUGGAGAGAAACCUUACCAAUGUCAAGAAUGUGGUGAGGGCUUUAACAACAGCUCAGACCUUAGUCAACAUUAAAGAAUUCAUACUGGAGAGAAACCUUACCAAUGUUAUGAAUGUGGCAAGGCCUUUAACCACAUCUCAAGCCUUUCUCAACAUCACAGAAUUCAUACUGGAGAGAAACCCUACCAAUGUCAAGAAUAUGGCAAGGCCUUUUCCCAGAGCUCAAGUCUUAGUGAACAUCACAGAAUUCAUACUGGAGAGAAACCUUUCCAGUGUCAAGAAUGUGGCAAGAGGUUUAAAGUGAGCUCAGUACUUACUCAACAUCACAGGAUUCAUACUGGAGAGAAACCUUACCAAUGUCAAGAAUGUGGUGAGGGCUUUAACAACAGCUCAGACCUUAGUCAACAUUACAGAAUUCAUACUGGAGAGAAACCUUACCAAUGUACAGAAUGUGGGAAGGCCUUUAAUCAGAGGUCAAGCCUUACUGAACAUCAAAGAAUUCAUACCUGGGAGAAACCUUAUCAAUGUCAAAAAUGUGGCAAGGCCUUUAACCAUAGCUCAACCCUUACUCAACAUCGCAGAAUUCAUACUGGAGAGAAACCUUACCAAAGUCAAGAAUGUGGCCCUCAGAUCUUCCUUGCUAUCACAGAAUUCAUGCUGGAGAGAAACUGUACAAAUACUAAGAAUGUGGCAAGGCCUUCACAGGCACUCAAUACUCACUAAACAUUAGAAAAUUCAUACCAGAUAGAUAGCUUACCAGUGUACAGAAUGUGAGAAAGGGGGCAUCUGGGUAGCUCAGUUGGAUAGGUGGCUGCUUUAGACUUUGUUCUUGAU